GACUAUCUCCCAGAGGCAGGCCCUUCGAUAAAAUCAGGAACUUGCGCUGGCCCAGCAAUGACAAGGGAGGGGGCUCACGCAGGGCUCCGUAGCUCAGGGGGGCAGGCCUGAGCCCUGCGCCCGCCCCGAGUCCGUCCAGCCCCUGGCGGGGCACCCCAUUCCAAGGGGCUCCGCACUGGCGCCCACCGAGGCAGGGGACCUGACUGGCUUGGAGCUCGGCUGGAUGUUACAGACGUGCAAAAUGGAAGGGUUUCCCCUCGUCCCCCCUCAGCCGUCGGAAGACCUGGUUCCCUAUGACACAGAUCUGUACCAACGCCAGACGCACGAAUAUUACCCCUAUAUUGGCAGCGAUGGAGAAAGUCACAGUGACCAUUACUGGGACUUCCACCCGCACCACAUGCACAGUGAGUUUGAGAACUUCGCCGAGAACCACUUCACGGAGCUGCAGAGCGUGCAGCCCCCACAGCUGCAGCAGCUCUACCGCCACAUGGAGCUGGAGCAGAUGCACGUGCUGGACACUCCCAUGGCGCCCCCCCACACCAGCCUCAGCCACCAGGUCCCCUACAUACCCCGGAUGUGCCUCCCGUACCCCUCCCUGUCCCCGGCCCAGCCCAGCUCGGAUGAGGAGGAGGGCGAGCGGCAGAGCCCCCCGCUGGAGGUGUCUGACGGGGAGGCCGAUGGCCUGGAGCCAGGGCCUGGCCUCCUGCACGGAGAAACAGGCAGCAAGAAGAAGAUCCGCCUGUACCAGUUCCUGCUGGACCUGCUGCGCAGCGGCGACAUGAAGGACAGCAUCUGGUGGGUGGACAAGGACAAGGGCACCUUCCAGUUCUCGUCCAAGCACAAGGAGGCGCUGGCCCACCGCUGGGGCAUCCAGAAAGGCAACCGCAAGAAGAUGACCUACCAGAAGAUGGCCCGCGCGCUGCGCAACUACGGCAAGACGGGCGAGGUCAAGAAGGUGAAGAAGAAGCUCACCUACCAGUUCAGCGGCGAAGUGCUGGGCCGCGGGGGCCUGGCCGAGCGGCGCCACCCGCCCCACUGAGCCCCGCCUGCGCCCCGGCCGCCAGGCCUCCCCACCGGCCAUAGCAUUAACCCUUUGCCCAGCCGGACACCGGGGGGCGCUCCGGGGUAGGGGCCGGACUGCGGCGGCCAGGCCUCGCCUCACCCGCCGGCCCCCGCCGCCGCCACGGGCCGCCUCGCCCCCUGCUUCAGCUCCCACCAGGACUCCACCCGGCUCUUCCCCAGAGCCAGCCUGACUUAGUCCCACCAGGGGUGAACCCCGGGGAGGUGGCAGACGUGGUAUGUGUGUAAAUGGGGCGUCUGCUUCCUCCUCCCCACCUUCCUCAAGGAGCCCCGGUAUUAAAAUUAUUCUCAGUGAGUCCUGCCACAGCCUCAGCAUUCGUUGUGCACCUUCUCUGGGGCUGGUGCAGCCUCUUUGUCUCAUGUUCCCCAUCGGCCUCACCCGCCAUGAUGGGGGACCCUGGCCCAUGCCGGACGCCAGCACCCGAGGAGAAAUGACAGUCCUGGCCUGGGGUUAGAGCGGGGACAGGCAUCCCCAGCAGUCUUAGAAGAAUGACAAUAAAAGCUCACCAC